UUGAAACGUCGCUGUUCGUCUCAUUCGCUGAACAAGUUGGACGCGGACGAAAAUGAGGUUCUCCUAACCAAAAACGAUUUCAUCUUGCAUUUCAACCUCGAGGUUGUCGUGUUAGAGGUACAGAACCUGAAGUCGGUGGCAUCCAGUCGACUGGUCUACUGUACAAUGGAAGUAGAGAACGGCGAAAAGCUGCAGACCGGAAGUGCCGAAGCGUCGAAUCCGGUGUAA